GCGGCGGGCGGCCGCCGGCGACUUGGCGAUGGCGCUUCCGUGGGCGCUGUGGCUGGGGCUGGCGCUGGCGCUGGGGCCGGGGCCGGCCCGGGGCCACCCGCAGCCGUGCGGGGGGCCGGCGCGCCCGGGGAGUCCGGUGCGCCUGGGCGUCCUCCUGCCCCGCGCGCCCGCCGUCCGCGCCCGCGCCCGCGCCGCUCUGGCCCGGGCCGCCCGGACGCCGCGGCCGCCGCACAACCUGAGCCUGGAGCUGGCGGUGGCCGCCCCGGGCGCCCGCGACCCCGCGUCCCUGGCCCGCGGCCUGUGCCACGCGCUAGCGGCGCCGGGCGUGGCGGCCGUGCUGGCCUUCCCCGAGGCGCGGCCCGAGCUGCUGCAGCUGCACUUCCUGGCCGCCGCGGCCGAGACCCCGGUGCUCAGCCUGCUGCGGCGGGAGGCCCGCGCGCCCCUCGGCGCCCCGAACCCGUUCCACCUGCAGCUGGACUGGGCCAGCCCCCUGGAGACUCUGCUGGACGUGCUGGUGUCUGUGCUACGGGCACACGCCUGGGAAGAUGUCGGCCUGGUCCUCUGCCGUGUCCGGGACCCCAGGGGCUUGGUGGCCCUCUGGACGGGCCGGGCUGGCCGCCCCCCGCAGCUCGUGCUGGACCUGAGCCGGCCGGACACUGGGGUGGAGCUGCAGGCACGUCUGGCCCCGCUGGGGGUGCCGGCUGGGAGUGAAGCCCCCGUGCCCGUGGCCGUCCUCCUCGGCUGUGAUGUCUCCCACGCCCGUGAGGUGCUGGCAGCCGUUCCCCCAGGGCCCCGCUGGCUGCUGGGCACACCGCUGCCAGCCGAGGCCCUGCCCAUGGGGGGCCUGCCUCCCGGGCUGCUGGCCAUGGGCGAGGUCGCCCGGCCCCCGCUGGAGGCCGCCAUCCAUGACGCGGUGCAGCUGGUGGCAGAGGCACUGGGCAGCGCAGCCCGGGUGCAGCCGGAGCGUGCCCUGCCGCCCACCGUGGUCGGCUGCUACAGCCUGCAGCCUGCCGGGCCUGAGUCCUGGGGCCGCUUCUUGGCACGGUUCCUCUCCAACACGUCCUUCCAGGGCCGCACCGGGCCCGUGUGGGUGACAGGGGCCUCCCAGGUGCACGUGUCCCGCCGCUUCCAGGUGUGGGGCCUGCACCAUGACCCGCGGGGCACCCCGGCCUGGGCCACGGUGGGCCGCUGGCGGGACGGGCAGCUGGAGCUGGGGCCGGGGGUCUCCGCCGCGGGAGCUCGGCCCCCCACCCCGCCGGGCGCCCAGGCGCGGCCCCGGCUGCGGGUGGUGACACUGGUGGAGCACCCGUUCGUGUUCACCCGCGAGCCGGACGAGGACGGGCAGUGCCCGGCCGGGCUGCUGUGCCUGGCCCCCGGCGCCGACGGCUCAGCCACCCUGGACGCGCUCUUUGCGGCACUGGCCAACGGCUCGGCACCCCGCGCCCUGCGCCGCUGCUGCUACGGCUACUGCAUGGACCUGCUGCAGCGGCUGGCGGAGGACGUGCCCUUCGACUUCGAGCUGUACAUCGUGGGCGACGGCAAGUACGGGGCCCUGCGCGGCGGCCGCUGGACCGGGCUGGUGGGCGACGUGCUGGCCGGCCGCGCGCACCUGGCCGUGGCCAGUUUCAGCAUCAACUCGGCGCGCUCGCGGGUGCUGGACUUCACCAGCCCCUUCUUCGCCACCAGCCUGGGCAUUGCGGUGCGCGCGCGCGACACGGCCUCGCCCCUGGGCGCCUUCACCUGGCCGCUGCACUGGUCCAUGUGGGUGGGCGUCUUCGCGGCGCUGCACCUCACCGCGCUCUUCCUCACCCUCUACGAGUGGCGCAGCCCCUACGGGCUCACGCCGCGCGGCCGCAACCGCGGCACCGUCUUCUCCUACUCGUCGGCGCUCACGCUCUGCUACGCCAUCCUCUUCGGGCGCACGGGCUCCAGCAAGACGCCCAAGUGCGCGACGGGCCGCCUGCUCAUGAACCUCUGGGCCGUCUUCUGCCUGCUCGUGCUCUCCAGCUACACGGCCGACCUGGCCGCCGUCAUGGUCGGGGACAAGACGUUCGAGGAGCUGUCGGGGAUCCACGACCCCAAGCUGCACCACCCGUCCCGGGGCUUCCGCGUGGGCACCGUGUGGGAGAGCAGCGCCGAGGUCUACAUCAAGCAGAGCUUCCCCGAGCUGCACGCGCACCUGCGCCGCCACAGCGCGCCCACCACGCCGGCCGGCGUCGCCAUGCUCACGAGCGACCCCCCCAAGCUCCACGCCUUCAUCAUGGACAAGGCCCUGCUGGACUACGAGGUCUCCAUCGAUGCCAACUGCCAGCUGCUGACCGUGGGCAAGCCCUUCGCCAUCGAGGGCUACGGCAUCGGGCUGCCGCGGAACUCCCCACUCACCUCCAGCCUGUCCGAGUUCAUCAGCCGCUACAAGUCCUCGGGCUUCAUGGACUUGCUGCAUGACAAGUGGUACAAGAUGGUGCCUUGCGGGAAGCGGGUCCUGGCUGUCACGGAGACCCUCCAAAUGGGCAUCCGGCACCUCUCGGGCCUCUUCGUGCUGCUCUGCCUGGGCCUGGGCAGCGCCCUGCUCAGCUCGCUGGGCGAGCACGUCUUCUACCGCCUUGUGCUGCCGCGCAUCCGCCGGGGAAACAGGCUGCAGUACUGGCUGCACACGAGCCAGAAAAUCCACCGGGCCCUCAACAUCGAGCUGCCUGAGGGGCAGGAGGAGAAGCCGGAGCCAGAGCCAAGUGGCCCUGGGCAGCAGCAGGAGCAGCAGCUGGAGGCGCCCGCGGGCCCAGGGGGCUGGCGGCGGGUGCGCCGGGCUGUGGCCAAGGAGCAGCGCUGCGUGUGCUUCCUGCUGGAGCCCGAGGGGCCCGGGGAUCCCCGAUCCGACAGCCGCCCACCCAGCCCGCGGCCUGGCGAGCUGGAGGAGCUGGAGCAGCGCAUCGCAGGCACACAGGAGCGGCUGCGCCGGGCCCUGCUGCGGCGUGGGGAGCUGCUGGCCUGGCUCGGGGACAGCAUCUGCGCCUCGGGCAGUGGCGCCCCUGGCGCCCUGGGCCCCGCGGAGCCCGCAGCUGCCGCCCAGCAGUGACCCCCCACCGAGGCCCACGCCCCCGACGCACAGAGACACAGAGUCGCCGCGGUCGACAGACUGGUUUAUUCUAUAUACAAACACGAUUCUGUACACUGCAAUUAAAUAG